CCAUCUAUCCAAAUGACGAGCGCUCCGCUCAUCGCGCAAUGGAAACUGCGCGUCCGCGAACUCCGUCCUGCUAAAGUCGCGUGAAUCUCCUUGGCUCUUCUCUUAUUGUCACCAAUUUAUUUGAGUGCGCAAAGAUCCAAGAACUAUCGAAGAGGUUCUGUAGCCGCUUAGGACAUGAUUUUGCGCCACGGAAAUCUCAGUAUUUUAUCUUGCGUGUCUUGCCACAGCUCAGUCUGAUGACAAUGUAGAGAAAGUGCGCGGUGACCGAGAGCGCAGCGCACGGGCGAUGUUGACGCCGUCAUGUUCCCACAGCUUCUUGACUUUUUCCACUGGAGUAUAAUCUGAGGCUUCUGAACUUGUGAAUGUAAAGAAGGUGGCUGCUGAGUAGCAACCGAUCCGUCCAGCUGCCCACGCCGCCGCUGGGUCGCUCGGCGCAUCCUUGCCCACUUUCGGGAAGAAAACAGCAAGCAACUAAAAGGAGACAAGACGCGUCCUUGUUUUCGAGAAUAUUUGGCAAUCUGUCGUCUGUGCGCUUUGGAGAGACCAGGAGCUAUUUCAAGCUUUCCGAUCCUCGGGAUUUAUAACACUAGAAUGUUAACGUCCGUAACAUUUGGAGGGUGUCUAACUUAAGGUUAUCAUAACGCGUCGACGUUUGUUGGAACGCAUAAAUGGACGAAUACCAGGAGGACUAAUUCGGAAUUGUCUGGGAAAAUGUGGCUGAAACGGUGUGUCACACGCAGUUCAGUGGUUGCUUGGAGACCAGGGGGAAUGCUGGGAUGUAGAAUGUGGAUCCUCUUCAUCCUUGUGCAUCUCACAAUGGAUCUGUCUCUGUGUGCACCAGCAGGACAGGGACUCGCCCUCAAACUACUGCCUAGAUCAGUGCCUCGCCGGCAGCCACACCCACCGUCCAUCCGGGACACGCUCAUCGGCCAGCGAUUGAGGACUCUGGGUAUCUUACAUCGUGGAGCGCCCCCUCUCCUGCCCUCGUUAGGGAGCCACGGGGAGCUUGGGGGCACCAAACUGUGGGGCCGAAAGAACCGCAGGUCUGUCCAUACAGGACAACUUUGUGCGGAGUGUAAGUUGGCUGAAAGGAAGUUGGCUGCAUCAGCGGAGGGGAGUAAAUCAGAUUUAAACCUUCAUUUAUCUCGUUCACGGAGGCAGUUGAAUGGGGGCUAUGACUCGUUUGAGGGGAGGACCACCACAGUUGCGGGAUUUAUUAUAUGGGGUCCUACGGGGACCGAUGAUGGACUUGAGGAGGAGGCGAGAGGGACCCCAAACCCCACAGUCACCUCUUUUCCCCCCACAACUGCAGCAGUAGUGACAAGCACCCCCACACGCAGUCCCCAAAGGACGUAUGCGGUUAUUACAACAGUGCACCCUAAGAGGCACAGCACCACACAGCCAAGCACUAACUCUAGAGUGACUGCCAAACCACCGAAACCUUUUGGGGACACACCAGGUCUGGCUGUUCACCAGAUCAUUACCAUCACUGUGUCCCUCAUCAUGAUCGUCGCAGCCUUGAUCACUACGCUAGUCCUUAAAAACUGUUGUGCGCAGUCCGGGAAUGGCCGACACAGCAGCCAUCAAAGAAAGAUCAACCAGCAAGAGGAGAGCUGUCAGAAUCUGACCGACUUCACGCCCGCACGCGUGCCCAGUAAGGUGGACAUCUUCACCGCCUACAAUGACAGUUUACAGUGCUCGCACGAGUGUGUGCGGGCCAGCAUACCUGUGUACACGGAUGAGAUGAUCCAGCACACGCCCAUAUACAAGGCCUACAAUGGAAACAGACCGUCGCCCACCGAAAGGCAGCUAAUCCCUGUGGCCUUUGUGUCUGAGAAAUGGUUCGAGAUCUCCUGUUGAGGCCCUUUUACUACCUUCGGGUUGAGCCCACGUCUUCAAUUUGUGCCCUGAAUCGUAUUGGAAAACCUGUUUAACAAACAUAAAACGAAAGACUUCUAUACAACAAAGCAGAACAAAACUACAAGAACAACAGCAAACAAGCAAAUAAAGAGACUGAGACCAAGAUGGACUGGCGGUUUUGUACAAAUGUUGGAUCACUCUAGAAAUGGACUGAAGACUUUUAUUUUUCUAGACUGACUGCAGUGCUACCGAUGCCACUCCCAAAUUAUUUUCCAUGGACAUGUGGUCAUUUCAGAAAUGAUACCUAGAGCUGAUAUAUUAUAUACGUAUAUAACUGCACAUGUGGGUGCGCUGGGGUGACGUUCAGCUGCUGAGGGUCUGUCAAGAUUCUCUCUGACGUCGCAGUGCUUGAAUGGAGGCAAGACUUUUCUGAACUUUGUGCCAAUAAUGCCAUUAUGUGCCAGUACAUAUAUAGAUGGGACGCGUACAGUUUUGUGGAUAAUUACAGAUACAACAUCAAAUAAUUUGAGUGACUGUCCCCUAAUAUCAAUCCGUCAUCCGUUUUUUGUAUAAAAAGUAUAUGUAUUUGAAAUAUGUUUUGAAAUAGUUGAGGAACUGUGUUGCAAAUGUCCAAAAAAGAAAUAUUUAUAUGGAGCACUAUUCAUUUAGAUGAAAAUAUUGAAUUACAUUGAGGAAUAGUAUUCCAGGUUUUAAUUUCACUACAUUGUUACUAGGCCCACGUUUUAAAGGAAUAGUUCUAUUUUUAUACUAAUAAGGUAAGACAGACCCAAUUCAACUAGACUUUUGGGACUGUUAAUCUGCAAAGGGUACAUUUUUUUAAAACAAUCAUACAAUGUGGACUUUUUCAGACUCAGCAUAUAUUGAAAGCUUUUUUCCUUUGCCAAAGCCAUGCUUCAGUAUUUCGAUUCUUUAUUACACGUUUCAGUUUUUAUUAGACAUCAUUAAUGAAAGAUUACAGGUACGGGUUAAUCAUGUUUACGGACUCACAGACCCUCGGAAAGGUGUUUGAUACCAGAAAGUGACAGGACAACAGCUGGUUAUGUUACAUUACCCAUUAACACUUAUCAUAAAACCUAGUAAACUUUGAAGCUUAAUGUAAUAAAGCAUCCGUCAGAGGUCAUUACUCAAUAAUCAGACACAGGACAAAAUAUGUUUACUUUGUUUUUGUGCCUAGUAAGGGUUCGGUGCCAAUGGUAUUUUUCAUUGUGUUUGCAAAUAAUAAUAAAAAAGGAAACAAUACAUUUGAGGAAAUUUAAAGAAGUCCCCUUGUGGGACAUUUUUUAAGGUAAUAGCUUAUUUAUCGUCACAGUUUAAGCAGAAUUGACAAAAAAUAUUUAAUCAACAUAGAGAAUCUAGUGCCAUUCAGUCGAAUAGAAAUCAGAAAUGCAGACAUAGCACAGCUCUAAACUUGCCAAUCAAUUCCAUUCAUUGAUAAAGUCAACAAGUUUUUACAGAUUUGUGUGUGUUUGUUUGUGUGGUUGUGUGUGUCUAAGAUCGCAACACCAGACCAAAGAGCUCUUGUGGGUAGCAGUAUGUGAACGGACCAGGCCAGUUAUUCAAUACCUGAUAUAAUAGAGAGGAAAUGCUUUUAAAUAUCUCUAGUUUAACAGAGAGGACAAGGAUUACCAUUGUACAAAACACAGGCAAACACUGUGAAAGGGAAAAUUAGUUGUUUGCAAUAGUUUGUCUGUGAAAGUGUAUCAUGUUGGAGUAAAUUUGAUCACAGGUCGUCUAACGUGACUCUAAAUGUUAAUGUCUAAUAGAGACAUUUGCUUUCAUCCUCAGAGGACAGCAAUACAUACGAAAAAACAAGUUCACAUACGGAUACGUUUGUACGUUUUUUUCAUGCUUGUCUAUAAUCGAUCGAUUAUACCAGAUCAUGUGACCUGUACUGGCCAGUCAUGUUAGCCAUUUAGAAACAUAACUACUACCAUAUAGAAAACAUCCUAUAUAAAGGAUCACUAAAACUCUGUAUUAUGUAUAUGUGUAAGUGUGUUUUCUAAAUAUUUACCGCUAUUCUAUCUUGUGUGAUUUUUUCAAGCUCUCUCGUUUCAGAGGAUCAGUGGAUACAGUUUUUGUUUACAUCGCAUAACUCGGCGAAGACGAUAAUGACAGACGAAUAUACAAUGACUUUGUGCCAAGCCUCAAACAAACACUGUUGUUUCAGCUGUCGCCUCGGCUCUCCUGUUAAUGAGGAAAGCCCAGGUCAUUCCCACAGCAUUUAAAUACUAGGGAACUUCAUAAGAUCAAUACAUUAAACUUACUUGAGUUACACAGUAGGCAAGAUAACGUCUUAGUUUCAUAUUGUAAGCUGUGGAGAAAUACAUAUUUCAUUUGCCCAGCAAAGAAUGUGAGUGAGAUGGGCAUCUCCGCAUCGAUCACUAGGGUCUGAGAGGAGUCUGAACCGCUUGAUAAAUGAUUUCUGUGGAACACGGAAGUUUUUUUUCUUGCUUUUGACUGAAUAAAAAGCAAAGGCUUCGUAUUAUGUUUCUCUCUCUCAGAGAAUGAAGGUGAUUUGUCUUGAUCUUGAUUGACAGCUCAAUAAACGUCAAUUACAAAAAACAAUAAAACCAAAACAGACGUGUGGCCCAUGUGACUGCCAGCACAGGAGGGGAACGUUUCGCGCUGUGAGUCUGCUAAACAUGUCUGAUGCUUUGAACGCGUGUGAAAUGUUGAUUUGUUCUCUUGAAUCCAAAAUCAGUUGAAGCAAACGCAGAAAAAAGGUUAAUUCAUCCUCUUCAUAUGUGCAUUAUGCUUGAAUGUGCUUUUCAUCUUCCGUAACAUUUUUCUAAAGGAAACGUUACCGCCUGCUGAAACCAGUGCAAUAUCUUUUACGUUUGUUAGUGGUUAGUUUUUGAUAGACGCUUGUAAAUCAUAGCCCUCCUCAUUGUUUGACAUGUAUAUGACACACGGCUUACUGUAAAGGCUUAUUUUAUGGUCAUUGUAUUUUCAUGUGGGACUAUACUCAGGCAUCAUCGAUCUACUGACAUGUUAUUUUGUAAAGAAAAGAAAUGUUUACGGGCACAAAUCUUUGUUUGCCAUUGUUUCGUUUGAUUUUAUUUAUUUUGUAUUGCACAACUGCAGAGUCACAUUUCACAACGACAGGUUUCAUAUGGUGCAGAACCCCAUCCUCCCCAGAAGCCCGUCGGGAGAGAUUACACCAAAUUCCUCCUUGUGUGACAGAGACCCGUAAAACCAUUUCAACUUACAGAAAGUCUUUACCGAGGCUUAGCGAGGAAGUAUCGGAGACGGUCUUUGACUUUUGAUUUGUUGCAGGUAGACUAUAUCACAUUGCUUCACACACCAUACAAAACAACCUGAUACCUGUCCUCUUGUUGCCAUAGAAAUAAAAACUUUGUACUUUGUGUACCUUCACUUUUUUAUAUUUGUGUCUAAUAUAUCGAUGAGUACCUCUUUUUCCUUUUAUAUAAGAUCUAUGAAUAUAGUACACAACACAAUGUACGGUGAAAAAAUACACAAGAAUACACACACAAACACGUGCGGAUACUGUACAAACCAACAGUCUCUGUGUCGAAAUAGUGCUGUGUACUUUUUUUUGUGUCUUUGAGCAUCUCUCUCUCUCUUUCUCUUUUUGUAGGUAUUGGUAAAGUUACAUUUCCAGGUGACAUUGAUUUUGAUUCUUGUUCUAAAGCUCUCUGUGUUUUGGCCACUGUAAAUGCAGCUGUGAUCAGAAUGAAUCUGUACAUUUAGUACUCUCUAUCUCUCUCUCGAGUUGCUAUUAAUAAGAUGUUAAAAUGAAAUGGGCUGUCUUUAUAUAAACACCAUCAAAUGUUUGUAAAAUGAUUAUGGGGUGUUAUUUGGACUGGGGAAAUGAUAUUGA